CAUCCCGGUUAGGGAAUGUCCCCAUUCCCAGCGUUCCGCUCCCAAAUCCCGGCGCUGCUGGGCCGCGGUGAAAUCCCGCUGUGGGGUGACCAUCCGGGGCCCGGUGGCCGUUCCCACGCGGCGCCGCGGCCGCGCCAGGCCCGGUUGGAUGGGGAACCAUCAGUGUGGCCGGGAAGGAGGCGUUUCCCGGCCCCACGCUGGCCCGGGGCCAGGCUCCCAAAUGAGACGCCUUGCACCACGGAGCUCCCACUCACACCUCCCCGGUAUAAAACCCCGGCCCGCCGCAGCCCGCGCACACCCGGGACAGCCCGUGCUGCAGCUCCCCCGGACCCCGCGUCGCAGAGGAGAGACCCCCGGCGCUGCCCCCGAGGAGCCGCGAGGAGCAGGAUGGGCCAGUGCAACUGCCGCAAGAAGCGCAAGGAUUGCCAGGAGCUCACGGACGUGGAACGGGCCAUCGAGACCGUCAUCAGCCAGUUCCACUGCUACGCAGUGAAGGGGCAGAAGGAGUACCUGACCCCCAACGAGAUGCAGGAGCUGGUGGUGCAGAAGCUGCCCCACCUGGGCAAGUGCGUGGGACCCCUGGAAGAGAAGAUCGAAUGCAUGGGAGACCCUAACGAGGCCAAGCUGGAGUUCGGAGAGUACUGGGACAUGAUGGGGGAUGCGGCCAAGGGCUGCCGGAGGAAGUAGAAGGUGGUGGGGGACGGGAAGGCGCCCGAGGCCUCAGGCUCCGCUCUGGGAAGCGCAGGAGGCUGCUGGUCCCGGGGGAUGCGCCUGGGAAAAAGCGACGUCGUCCCUCCUGCCGGGCCUCGUCUCCUCCCGCGAGGAGGAUCCCCCUCCCCGGCUCCAUCCCUGCCCUCCUCGGCUCCUUCCCGUCAGGAACGCUCCCUGCCCAUCCCCAGCUCCGCUCCGUGCCCGGCGUGGGGGGAGGUGGCACGGGGGGGUCCUGGCCCUGCUCCGGAGCCACCUCUCUCCGUCCUUUGCUCCAGCGCCUCCAUCCCCGGGCGUGUCCCACCUGCGGCCCUGGAAACCCUCCGGGCGCGGGUCCCCCAGCCCCGGAGCAUCGCAGCGAGAGGGACUCGGCUCCUUUCCCCCAACCCCCUUGGAUGUGCGGGCUCGUCCCCCCAGCCCUGUGCCCUGUCACCCCAUGGCACCUCCAGGGGCAUCCCGGGCUCCGCUGUGGCUGUGGGUGGGUGGAUGUGGCCUGGGAGCCUUCCCUGACGUCCCCCCCGGUGCAGGGACCGUGCUGCCCGGUUUUUGGGGGGGCUCUUCUGGGAUGUGCUGCCCUCCCGGUGCUCCCCAUGUCCAGGGAUUCCGGCCCUCGGCUGGCAGCCGGGCUUGGGGCUGGGGCAGGGGCGGGUUGGGAUCAGCUUGGGCCACUUGUAACCAUUUUUGUAUAAAUUAAUAAAGGAAAACACUGGAAAAAAAAAAAAAACCAAACAGACCAA